CCUCGUCCAAGAUGGCCGCCUAGCACGGGUUCGCCGUCGCGUAAGUUCCUAGCGUAGCUGAAUGACGUCACGGGGGCUACGGGAAAACGUCAUUUAUUAGAGCAGGAGGACAAGAGCCAGAACGAUGCCGAAGAGCUGCGUGGUCCCGGAAUGUAGACGAGCGGAGACGGGCAGGGAAAGUUAUUAUAAGUUUCCAUUACAUGACAAAGUGCGUCUCAAACAAUGGCUGACCAACAUGAACAUGGAAAACUUCUUCCCCACCAAAAACCAAUAUCUAUGCAGCAAACACUUCAAGCCGUCUUGUUUCCAGAUACGGUGGGGGGUCCGCUACCUCAGACAUGACGCUGUGCCCACCAACUUCUCCUCCUCCAGCCCGAGUAAAGGACAAGUGACGAAGUCCAGAACACUGAACGCCGUGCAGAAUGUAGGUUCUGAAGUCUGCAUGUCCACAGUCCCACCUUUCGUUAUUGGCAAUGGCCAGGUUCUUCCAGACACUCUGACGAUUGCACUGGAUCCAAAUUCAUCCACCGGUCAGAUAGCCAUAGACGGAGCCGAACUUGUGGUGAAAAAUACAGACCCCACUGCACUCAUGGGAGCAGUGAAUAUUCUGCCACUGGUUCACUUUGUUGAGUCCUUUGAUGGGUUGUCCUUGGCUCUGGCACCAUCUCAAGGCUUCCAGUCUUUAGCUUUACCUAUUGUGUCGGGAGAACACCAGAUACAGCCGAUCCCUUUGGUGGAACAAGUUGGCUUCCUGUCUGAAGAACACAUCGCAACGACAACAUUACAGCACAACUAUUAUGGUGGUCAAGUUUUACAGUCUGUUGGAGAGGCAGUCCCUGCAGUCAUUGAGAUAGCCGGCGUGUCUGAUCCCGGUGCUUUGGUCAUGGAGAACAUCUCAAUCGAGCCCUUUUUUGAAGCAGGGUUACCCACGCCACCCCCCGUCACGAUGAGCUCCGAGGAUGUGAUGUCCUAUUUAGAAACUAUGCAGACCGCCACGCUUGUUCCUGUAAUGUCGUCUGGUCCUCUGCCACCCAUGAUACCUUCGCAAGAGACCAUAUUGUCAAGCUCUACAGACAGGCCCAUAGCUUCCACUGUUCCCAUCGUGUCAAAACGCAACACUGAGGCAUCAUCGGCUGAUGGGCCACAAGUGAUCAGCCUGGAACCGUCAGACGGUGUCACCGAGACGUUGUCAACCGCUCAGCUGGUGUCUGUCGUGAUGAACUUGCAGAAGAAAGUAUCGUCUCUUCAGCAGCGGCACCAGAAGCACUGCUCCAAGCUGGAGGUCAUGGAAGGGGUUGUGGACCAGCUGAAAAAUGAGAAUUUGAUAGCAGAUGACAAGGUGAACUUUAUGGAACUGGCCUGUCUGAACGCCGCCCCUGUACAGACUGAAGAAACUGAGACAAUCGCAAUUGUCUGUGAAGACGCGGACCGAACCUUGCUGUACGCUCUGCCCCUCCAGGGCGAAAACCGGACAAUCCUUCACGUAACCAAGCAGUGACUGGAUGUUCCCAUUUAAGCUUCCGCCAUAAGUCAGUUCAUUAGAUCUCCAGCCUGUGUACUGGCGGGAGGACCCAUCUUAUCAUAAGGAAAUGAUGUAUAGGGUUUUUCAUUUAAGAAUUCUAUUUAUAUACCCUUUUUUUUUUUUUUUUUUUGCACUGAUUUGUCCCCAUAAACCGGUGAUACAGGGAGGGGAGGUGAUGCUGGAUGUUAUGUCUGUGGAUGCUUCAAUAGGAGGCUCUUCUGCUUUGGAGAACUUCCCGCUACUGGUGGCGGCGCUUGCAGUGCGCGCGCACAGCGUUUGGAACUAAAUGUUCCGAACGCUGGCCAGUGGUGUAUCCCUUUAAGAGGCAACCCCAGGAGCCAAGAUCCCCCACAAUCCCAAAAAAAUGAAGACGUCACAGCAAUAUAGUAAAAAUUUACAGGUACACGUACCGCUUAAAGGAUUUGGCUUUUAUGUCAUUGCCUCUAAAGUAUUAUGUAAGGAUGAGGCCUAAUGGCUUUUUCGGACAUGGAGGCUGGGUUCACAUCUUGUAACAAGGACUACACUAUGUGAGUCAGCCAUACACUGCUGUUUUGCUGCAAAACUGCACAGCCGUUAAUGCAGUGUUUCCCAACUGGGGUGCCUCCAGC